AUGCAAGCUCUUAUUUUAAAGUUAAUUAUUUUAGUUUCUAUCCCAAUUAUUAUAGGUGUUGGAAUAGUUUUAACUAUAUUCUAUUAGCAGCUUUGGCUUGCGCUCGAUGAAUGGGAAAGAGACAGUAACAUAUGGAUAAAUCAGACGCAGUAAUAAAUCCUAUACAAUUCUGUACUAUCACAAUAACUUCUAGAAUAGUACAGCUUUAACUAACUCUAAUUACAUAUGGUGGUUAUGAAAAGUUUACUAUCAAAAUAUUAAUAAUCUAUCAUCAUACAAAAUCCUACAGCUAAUUUUACAGUUUGUUCAUAUAGAGAAUUGAUAUUCAAUUAAUGUGCUUAAAAUGUUUAUGACUAAUUAAACGAAAAUAUAUUCUAUGCAGAUAUAGUUUCUUUUUAUGCAAGGGCAUCUUUUCUAGCAACUCAAACUGAAGGACUUAUCUAAUUGAUAUAUUUAUAUAACUCUGAUACAACUUCUAUUUCAUAUGGCGUACCUUCAGGGUUUUAUAACUAUACAGAUUCUGAUUAUGAAACCUGUAUGGGUAACGGUUACAUAGAACCAUAUGAUCCAAGAUGUAGAUCUUGGUACACCUACGCUUAAUAAUAAAAAAACAACUAAAAUAAUAAUGAGAUAAAGAAAAUAUAAAUUUCUGAUUUAAAUUUAUAUUAAAUGAAAAGAUACUUCAUUUAUGAGCCUUAUAUUGAUGCUGUUAUUAUUAGUUUACUGUCAACUCUUUCUAGUUAAAUUGAUUAUAAAAACGAGUUUUAUUCUGUAUAUAGUAUCGACUUCGGAAUGUAUUUUAUCAUCCUAUGCUAAUAUUUUAAAAGGUAUUGUCUUGGGCAGAUUUAGAAUAUAUUAAUAUAAAUUAAUUUUGCAGCGAUUCCGUGGAAUUAAUGUAAUAAUGCUAUAACUAAAAAGAAGAUUUUUCUAGUUAAAUAGAUCAGACAAUACAAUUUAUCAAAAGUGCAUAAGCAUAAUUUUCCCUAUCAAGAGCUAGAUGAAAGGAUUUAAUAACUAAGAGCCAUAUUCUUACGCUAUAAUAAUGACAGCAAGAGUAAUAACUGA